AUGGCUGAACCUCCGUCCUCCCCCCCCAGCGAGGCCACCGGCGCCGAGGAUGCUCUUUCGUGGUACAAGUCUCAAUAUGAGAUGCUCGAGUCCGAGCUGGCAGAGUUCCGAGAGUCGAGCCGCGAACUGGAGAAGGAGCUGGAAAAAGACAUUGAGCGCGCCGAGAAGCAGGAGCGAGUCUUUCAAGAGAAGGCCGAGGCCCUAGGCUUCGAGGUCGAGGAGUGGAAGAGGAAAUACAAGGAAUCAAAGACCGAGGCCAGCGCUGCGCAAAACACGCUCGAGAAGGAGAUUACGACGCUCCGAGACUCGAACCGCUCGCUGCAGCUCAAGCUCCGAGACAUUGAAGUCGCCAACGAUGACUUUGAGCGUCAGGCGCGCAACACGACAUCGUCGCUCGAGGACAUGGAAUCCAAGUUCAACCAGGUCAUCGAGCGCGCCGUCAUGAUGGAGGAGGAAAUCAAGUCGGGCGAGCAGGAGCGAGAACAGCUGCGCAUCGAGUCGCAGAGACUGCGCGAGGAGCUGGCCGACCUCAAGAUCGAGGCAGAUCUCAUGCAGGACAAGAUCAAGAAGCACGAGGCUCGUCACCUGUCUGCCAUCUCGACCGACAUGUCGCUUCUCGGGUCGCCCACCUUUGACAAGAACGCCGACGGUUCGCCCAACUCGGCCGCCAGCUCGCCGCUCGUCACCACUCCCCCAGAUACCAAAUCGCUUUCGACGGCAGACACCAUUUCCGAAGUGCACGACCCGCCCUCGCCCCCCAUGUCUGACGCCUCGGCGCCCGUACCAAAAUCAGGCUCGGCAGCAAAGACGCCCGCCAGAGCACCAGCGCGCAAGUCUCGACUCCCAUCUCUCGACGGCAACGCGACGCCCAAGCCACGCUCCGCAAUGGGUACAGCGGCCCGGCCGCCCGGAGGCCGCAUGUCGGGCGUGGGCGCCAGCCUCCGCACGCCGGCGAACCGAUCGUCGCGGACCCGUCCUGCCGGGCAUAAGAUUCCGGCCUCCAACUCCCUCACCCACAUCCGGACGCUCACGGCCCAGAUGCAGCGCCUCGAAGCCAGGGUGCACUCUGCUCGAUCCAAGCUCCCUGGCCCGACGAUUAAGUCUCCGCGCGCGUCCCCCCGGUCUGCCAGCAAGGGACCCACGGUGCCCUCGACGGUUACGAUCCGAUCCCGGAAACGCACCCUUGGUUCCUCGACGUCGUCCAUGGCAGGGGACGAGACGACGCCGACAAACGCCACCAACCCACGCGUGGCCAAGAGCCACGUCCCGCGACUGAGCACGUCUGGUACUGGUCGGCUCUCGUUUGGGCCGCUGCCGAACCGCGGGCCCGAAUCGGACAUGAGCCGGCCGAGCUCGCGAGCCAGCCUCUCGUCGUACGCCAGGCCGUCGUCGAGAAACGACAUGGUGCCCCCACCACGGCCCAUGUCGCGAACAUCCAUGUCCGGGACGCGGACGCCACUUGGCCGGUCCCGGUCGUCGAUGAGCGGGUCGUUGCACAGCCUCUCGGCCAGCAUCGGUCGCAUGGACGAGGAAGAGGACGACGGCGGGUGCCGAACACCAAGCCGGCGUGGGACCUACUCGAAGCUGGAAAUGGACGCGGAAGCUAGCGGCGUGCCGAUUCCGGGCAGCACGAUACCGACACCGAGUAACCGGCGGCAGAGUGAAGGACGGCGGACGAGCAGCGGGGUGCCCGUGUCGAGCCUGAGGCGGCCGAGCACGUCGGCGGCCAGGAAGCUGAGUGACUUGGGCGAAACAUACUGA